AUCUCAGUCAGUUGCUAAUAUUACAAACCCUUAUCAUCUGAAAUUCCAACACUGCUACACUGGGCAUCCCAGAGCCUGAGCAGCAGCUUUAGAAAACUCACGGGCAAUUGGCUGGAAAAUGGACUCCUGGUGUAUCACUGACGAAGACAUGGCGGAGGUCAAGAAGGAAGCGUUGGAGCGUCUGCGUCCGUACCUCUGUGAGAAGCUAGUGGCCGACCGCCACCUGGACUACCUCCGGUCCAGGAGGGUCCUUACGCGGGACGACGCCGAGGACAUCUGCUGCAGGGUGGGGAACAGCAAGAAGACCGGUAGGAUGCUGGACUACUUAGCCGAGAACCCCAGGGGCCUCGACUACCUCGUGGAGUCCAUACGCCGAGUGAGGACCAAGGACUUUGUCAUCGGGAAGAUCACUAGCGAAAUCGAGGCGGUGAAGAUGGAGAGGAGAGAGGUGGCCAUCUUGUCAGCAGCAGGUAGUUCUUCGCCGAUCUGUAUAUGCAAAGAGAGAACUCCCUUUGUGUCGUUGCAGAGUGACAGUACUGGAUACAAAGGCAGUAGUGAAGGACAGUCCAUCCAAACCUCUCUGUCCAACUCCGAAGACAAGUGGAGUCAAAAUGAAGCAUCCUUUUCCUGGAGUGCCCUUCCUGAAGGAGUUAGUGUCUCUUCUCUACCCAGUCUCCCAAAACCAGGAGAGCAGGGCGCCCCUUCAGUCCCCCUUGAGGACUCCGAGCCCGGGACCUUCGAGUCUGAGAGCAGUGACCAGUUUCACACCCUCCGUUCCUUUUCAACCCCCCCUCUGUGAUGGAGUAAUACAGAAUGCCUGGAUGUCUGGAUUCAAACAGACAGGUUGGAUUAUAUGGGGACAGUAAAGGGUUAGGUUUUAUUGUUUCAUAACUGUACAUGUCAUCAUUAUCGAAUGUUUGAUUUUCUAUAUCAUAAAAGCCUACAGUG